GUUGACUUCAACCUCGCCCACUUGUUUCAGACUGAACACUUCGAGAGAAGGAUAACGGGACACGUUGCUGACAACCAAGGAAUCCAAGAAGGCAGAAUAAAAAAGGACAUCAAUUGUACACACCACUACUUUAACUCACAGCAGACAUUAAUUGUCCUAUAAAUCUUUAGUUUGUGAACUGGAAUUCUUGUCCAUCAUGGCGAUAGUGUUACGUACCUCUCCGCUCCUGUGGGCCCGUGUAGCUGCCAUGGUUUUCGCCUGUGUGGCAUUCAGCGUAGCUCUAUACGGAGCACAACUAACCCACGGCACAGGUGACUGGUGUAUCUUCUGUUGGAGCUUCAGUUUUGUUGGAACUCUAUUGAUAGUCUUAGUGGAAAUGUUUGGCCUACAGACCCGUGCCCCUGUUUCCUGGAAGAACUUUCCCAUCACGUUUGCCUGCUACGCCUCUCUCCUCUGCCUCGCUGCCUCCAUCAUAUUUCCACUGUACUUCCUUAAAGGCUACACAGGUCAUAACGAAAUGAUCAACUGCCGUAUUGUGUCUACGGUCUUUUCGUGCCUGGCCACCAUCGCAUACUUGAGCGAAGUAAGUCUCAGUAAGGCUCGUCCGGGUGAGGUGGUCGGCUACAUGGCCACAGCACCGGGGCUGCUGAAGGUCUGUGAGACCUUUGUUGCCUGUAUCAUCUUUGUCUUCAUUAGUGACCCGGUUUCGUAUGACCAGCAUGGAGCAACAAAGUGGUGCCUGGCUGUUUACUGCAUAUGCUUCAUCUUGUCGGCAGUCAUCAUUGUGAUGUGUGUAGGCGAGUGCACAGGCUGCCUGCCCAUUUCCUUCGCCCGUUUCCUGUCCACUUACGCCCUACUGGCUGUGGGCAUGUAUCUGUCUGCCACUAUCAUAUGGCCCAUAUAUCAAUUUGAUAAUAAUCAUGGUGGCGAUAGCCGCAGGCCCAGUAGCUGUGGCUCCAGCUUUGGCCUGUGCUCAUGGGACAAGCUACUGGCCAUCUCAGUGCUCAGUGCUCUUAACUUCAUUCUGUAUCUGGCUGAUCUAAUCUACUCAGCUAGGCUGGUGAUUGUUACUGUUUAAGAAAGGGGUUUUUAGAAGGAGUAAGGUAAAGGAAAGAGUGAAUAUUUGAAGAAUAAGGGGGUAAGAGGGAAGUGAAAGUGUGGUUUGGAGAGUGGUGAUGUUCAAAUGGUAGGUCAUGACCCAUGAACUUCUGUAUAUUCAGUGUUAUUUUGCAAUAAUUUGUAAUUUUUUUUUUUUGGUCAUGCUUUUUAUGAUGCCAAAGAAAAUUGGAGAAUUUCAGUUUUCAUUUGCUUAUCAGAUGCAUGACAAAAUGGUUAAAUUUUUUUAUGUUUUACCCAUUUGUCUCAUUAUAAGCAUUUUUUGAAUAUAUAUUUUUUUUUGCUUCACUGUGCUUUUAAUGUUGCUUGCAUGAAGGACUCAUUUAUUAUAACUGUGUUGGGUUUGUGUACGUUAAUGUCAAAUUCCAAUCUCCUCAAUAACAUAUUUCUAUUAUUUUAGGUUAACUACUGCUAGUUAAAAAAACAUUUGCUUACACUAAAUAUCUGUAACAUGAUACUUAAAAUAUUUCAGUACAUUACACUGCUCUUUGGUGCAUGUCAAAUAAUUUUAUAUGGUAGAGUGACAUAAAUUGUCCUUUCUCCAUUUAUUCAUUCUUAAAAAUAUAACUUCUAUGACAUAAGUCACAUUUAAGUUGAAUAGAGAAGAAAAAUAAAUGUAUAUGUGGACAUCAUUUGAGCAUUCAAACCAGCUGUGGCAUUGUCUGACAUUAAUAUAUUUUUAUUCUUAUAUAUAUAUUGUAAUGGAUUCAUAUUUAGAAUAUGCUAUUGCUAUGUGUGCACAUGGUAUUUGCGAGAAUCUUGUAUGUAUGUUGUAGAUGUAUUUCCCCAUCAAAUCUUUAUAGAAACCUUUGCUGUUCUUUUGUUGACACAAACACCUCAUGAGAAAAAAAGCAAAUUAAAUGUUUGCUGUGCUGCCUGCAUCUCUGGGAUCUACAUGUGCCUGUUUUGACUGUUACAGUCCUCAAUGCUUGAAUGAGAAUGUUCUCAUUGUGUUAUCAAUAAGUGAGUGAGCAUGUGUGGCAAUCUGCCUUCUCUCUCUCUGCUUAUGGUAAACAGCACACACUGCAGAGUUGUGCGAAUGUGUAAUCUAGCUCUGAAUAAAAGUAAUGAAA